CUCUCCCGCCCGCCCACCGGCGGCGCCACCGGCCUGUUUUUUUUCCACCGGCGGGCGCUGCCGCCCGGGUGGGAGCGGUUUCUCCUGCCCCUCACCGAGGAGGCUCGGCCGAACGCGCCGCUGGGGCUCCCGGUGACGGCCGAGGGCGUCAGGCCUGCGGGUGCGGAGCUGGCAGGGAGCGAGGCGGUGCGCGCACCUGGGAGCGGCGGCCCCGUGGGGAUAGCAGAUUUUCAACUGAAUUCUCACCUAUCAACACUGGCAAAUAUUCACAAGAUUUACCACACCCUCAAUAGGCUGAAUCUGACAGAGGACGCUGGUCAAGACGAUCAUCAGACAGGAGAGAGGCUUUCAAAGAUACGAAGAAUAGGAAGUCUCCGGUCUUGCAGUUCAUCAGACUGCUUUAGUAAAGUGAUGCCUCCAAGGAAAAAGAGGAGACCUGCAGCAGGAGAUGAUUUAUCUGCUAAGAAAAGUAGACAUGAUGGUAUGUAUAGAAAAUAUGAUUCGUCUAGAAUAAAAGCAGAGGAAGAAGUCUUUUCAAGUAAGAGGUGCUUAGAAUGGUUCUAUGAAUAUGCAGGCACUGAUGAUAUCGUAGGGCCAGAAGGUAUGGAGAAAUUUUGUGAAGACAUUGGAGUUGAACCAGAAAAUGUAGUUAUGCUUGUACUAGCAUGGAAGUUGGAUGCACAAAACAUGGGCUACUUUACAUUACAAGAAUGGUUAAAAGGAAUGACAUCACUACAAUGUGAUACUACAGAAAAAUUGAGAAAUUCUCUGGAUUACUUGAGAUCUUUAUUAAAUGAGCCUACCAAUUUUAAACUUAUUUAUAGAUAUGCAUUUGACUUUGCACGGGAAAAGGACCAGCGCAGCCUAGAUAUCAAUACUGCCAAGUGUAUGUUGGGCCUUCUUUUAGGAAAAACGUGGUCCCUUUUUCCAGUAUUUCACCAGUUUCUAGAGCAAUCAAAAUACAAAGUUAUCAAUAAGGACCAAUGGUGUAACGUUCUUGAAUUCAGCAGAACAAUUAACCUUGACCUCAGUAACUAUGAUGAAGAUGGAGCCUGGCCAGUGUUGUUGGAUGAGUUUGUGGAGUGGUAUAAAGGAAAACAGAUGACAUAGGAGUAUAACUAUGCACAGCCACUCAAGAGUCACUGUUACCACAGUUAUGUCAACCAUUAGCCAUAAACUGCUAUUUGUAUCAAAGUGCAUGCUGCUUUUCUUGCACUGCAUCCCUUUUGCAGGGAACUUUCGAUGUUUGCUAUUUAACAAGCUAGCUAUGCUUGCUGUGUAGCAUUGUUCUCUUUGAAGGCUGCUUUGCAUUUUGUAUUUACACUACAAAUUGGUGAACUUGCCAGUGUCUUCACUGUGAUUAUGUGUAUAUUGCUGUCUAAAUUUUGUAUAUGUGUAUAAAAACCCCCUUCAGCGAGGGAUUAUUUCUGCAGAAAUGUAUUGUAAAAAUAAUUUUGUGGCAUAUUUCUAGUCAUCACUUACAUGUUUGCUGAAACUUUAGUUGUUUUGUUUUUCUUUUGGUCUCAAAUGGAGCAUUUCAGAAAAUGAAAUUAACAGACUGCUUGGACAGAGUUAUGUGAAGAGCUAUUGUCAAUUUUAAUGUUACUAUUUGAGAUGCCAGUUUCUGGGAGGAGAAGACAUGCUGUGACUUUCUUCACCAGAAUUCGCCAAACCUGACCUAUUGCUUAAUAGGAAUGAAACAUUGAUGUCUUAAAAUUCUCUCUAUACACAUAUAAAUAUUAAACCACUGUAAUAGUUGUACAUGCCACAAAUGAUUUCCAUUUGAAGAAAAAAGUACUGACGUUUUAAUGUUAAAACCGCAGUAGUCAUUACAGGUACCAAUGAACAAAUUAAAGUACCUUUUAAAAAUGGGUUUUAGACUUUUGUAGAUUGCCUUUGGCAUACUCCUCUUAAUUUUUGGUGUACCAAGAGUGUUUGGUCGAAGUUGUGAUCUAGUGAAACUGGAAGUUCUAGAUAAAAUUAUUGGUUUGGGGAAUAAAGUCUGCUCAGCCCUAGCACAUAGCUAAUAUAGAUUUUGGGGUUAUUUUUUGUUUUGGGGUGUUUUUUGUUUGCUUGGAUGGGUUUUUGUUUGUAGUCUUUGUCAGGGUCUCUAACUUUGUAUUUCUAGGUAAUUGGAAAUAUGAUACUGAAUAGUCAAAACAUAACCUUUUCUUUCAUGCUGGGGAUUGGAAUUCCCAGAAUGUCCAUUGCAGGCAAUGGGCAUGUUGAACACCAGCAUUAAAUGGCAGUGCUUUUUAGUAGGGACCACUUCCUAUUUCACUCAUUCUUUAUCUGUAUAGGGCAGUUCUAGUGAUUAAUUUGGGGAAAAUGAGUGAAUGGAAUUAUGUCUAAUUUCCAUAAUUUUGUCACAUUGUCUUUGCCUUAUCCUUCUUUAAGUAAUGUGUUGAUUUUUAUAAAUAGGUCCUCGAAGUAUCCGGUGCUAUUAAACUUUGAACCCUUAAAAUUUACUAAAAUGUUCCAUAUUGAUUCACAGAGCAUUUAGCAAGAAAGGACCAACCUAUGUUUUGGAACGAAGAAUAACAUUUCUUUUCUGUAGAAAUAUUUUACAAGGUGUUGGCAGUUUUGAUAUUGCUCUAGAAUGCAGUCUGGGGGGUCAGGGAGGAAAUGUUUUAUGUUGAAUGUGAAAUUUUCAGCUCUAUUGAAGGUCCUGUUCUGCCAUCACGGAAGUCAGGAACAACUGUCCUUAACUUGACUACUUUCAAGAUUAAGCCUAGUUUAGCAAAAGCUAAACGUGGUGCUUAAACAUUAGUUUGCUACCCUGGACCAGGAGGCUGUAAUUGUGGUGCUACAGGUGGUCAGUUGUGUUCAAAUCUGUUUGCUGUUGACUUUUUUUGUUUGUCAAACUCAGCUGCCAAAGACAAAAAUUGUGUGUGUUUAUGUAUAUUUGUAUAUACAUAAAUAGAUAAUAUAUGUGCAUAUACAAACCCCUAGGAUUUCAUGAUGCUGGGAAGAAGAGACUACCUUUCCCUGUGAAAUAGUCAUGUUUGGAUUUCUAUGACACUAAAUAGUGCUAUUUGAAGUUAAUAGUGUUAAAACAUACAUAGUCAUUGCUUUCUUAUGUACUAAUAUGCAUAACCUUAACUCCAUGUUUAAUGCCAGUUUGCACAAGAAAUUAAUUCAGUGGAGUGUGGUAUUUAAUGUUUACAACAUGCCUCUUACCACAAGUUUUAUUAAGAUUUCUGAUGUAAAUGUAUAUAUUACUGUAGUAUAACCUGAAGGAAAUAAUCAGUGGAGCUGCUGGUUUAGUUCUGAAAAGAAUUAACUUAGAAGCAAUAUUACUUUUAAUGUUAGGCUACAUUGUGGUUGCUAAGAUUUUAAGUGAAAUACUGUAAUUGUUCUUAAGUGUUAAGCCUAGUUACUGACUCUAGAAAACUGUUUAGCACAAAUUGGCAUGAAUCCUGCAACAAAUACAAGAUGUGCAUAAAAGGUUUUGUAUGUCACACGUAAUUCAGCUUCCAAUAAUGGAAGCAAGAGCCAAAGACACUUCUAAUCUAUUGCUGUUAAAACGUUCAUCUAAGAGGGUCAACAGAAAUCUGUUCAGCUUAAUCAGGUGCUCCUUUUCCAAGUUUUGCUAAUGUUUAGCAGAAUACAAAAUGUAAAUAAGAGCAAAUGAAACAGGAGAGGAAACCUCAGAAAGCACUCAUGUUGUGUAAGUUAACAAACUCUGGUUUUUUCUUUGUGUAAAAGUAAUCAGGAAUAAUGGGAAGGAGGAAUGUGUUUGGAAAUGAAUCAGAUGCUGCAAAUUUUUUUCUUCCACUUGUAAGCAGGAAGAAUCCGUAGUCUUCAGUUGGUUUAUAAACAUGCAUCUUCAUAAAAUCAGCCACAGAUUCAGUUGCAGCUUGUAGAUGGCUUUACGGACAUUUAUAGGGAUCAAAUAUACUAAAAUGAACCUGUAUGGCUUGAUAAACUUUCCUUUACUAUCCAUCCUUCUGUUUGUGCUAGAUAAACUGAUAAGUAGAGAAACUUGACAUUGCCAGCUCUUGUAUUUUGAAGAAAAUCCCUCUCAUUUUUAAAUACUGUGGAAAUGUAACUAAGCUACUGAGUUUACCUUGUAGUUAAUACAAGCUUGGUGUCUUCUGUUUGGUUUGUUAUGCCAUGAUAUAGUUAAUACAGGGUUUUGUUUGGGUUUUUUUUCCUCUUGAAAGGUAAUAUAUAGAAUAUGCUGACUUCUUGGACAAGACACUUAGAGAUCAUUCUGGAAGAAGUGUCAUGGGUCUUGCGCUAAUCUUUCUGGUGUAUUAUUACUACCCUUAUAGCAGAAUCCUGAUAAUAUCUGUGCAGUUCACACUUGGUAUUUGGGAGAUACAAAUGGAAAGCCAGUUAGUGGAAGGAAAACAGCAUCCAGAGACUAUAGCAGUGUACAGUCUUUGAUAGAUAACAAACAUUUGGAGCUCUUUGGACUUGAUGGUCUUAAAGGUCUUUUCCAACCUAAAUGAUUCUAUGAGUAUUAGUAACUGAAACAUUCCACUAAUUCAGUUUCAUUCUACAGGAAAAUAAUAUUAAGUAUUUAAAAUAUUAACAAAAUUCUGUGUUACUGUUUUUUUUACUCUUCAUCCUUUCCCAGGAAAACAAGCUGAAGAGGAUGGAAUUUAUUGGAAUCCUUUAUGUGCUUGAGUUUUCAGUUCAAGGUUGUCUUUUAGCUACAAUAAAUAUUUGGGUUACCUUUGCAUAGCCUUUUCUAGUGUUAGUAGAGGACUGGGGAUGUCUUCCAUCUUACCUCAAAUACAUGCAUUUUAUUUCAUCACAAAUAUGCUCACACAAUCAAAGUUAGUUACAGCUCAUUGCUACUUGGUUAAUGUUCCCAAAUUACAUUAUUGGAGGGCAAGAAAUGGACUUCAGUUGUGUUAAGGUUCUCCCAGAUUUCUGUUGAUCCUUGGUCACAAGUCUAACAAAUUGUUUAAUACUCUUGGAAUUCAUACACACAGCUUUAAAAGUUAGCUUGUGCCCUUGUAUAACUGCUAAGAUACCUCUUCCUAGGCCUUAUAUUCUGUCCUUUCAUACUGCUGUAAAAGUGUAUAAAAUCCACCCACCAACUACAUUGUUGUCUGUAAUUGAGACCAAAACUUGGCUUGAUUUUUUUUUUUGUUUGGUUUUAUUUUUAAAGAUCUCCCCCAUUUUCUCUGUGUGUGUGUGUGUACGUGUGUUGUCACCAGGUAGUACCUACUGACACUGCUGAUGCAGGAACAGCCGUUAACCUGUAACUGUGAAUGCUUUGUUACUUGGAUAUUACAUAAAUAAGGUGUGCUAAACUGUGAUUCACAGCCUGAUGGAAAUACUGUUAACGCCACCUAACAUGAGUUCCUCUGGUUGACUUUUAGGUCUUUUGCUGGUGUUGAUGUAAAAUGGCAUCUCACAAAUAAACAGUAUUUGUGUU